GCGUAACGCACCAGGUAAAAUACAGGUCUAAGUAUGAUUAUAUCGGGUACAAAGAAAAUUUAAGUACUACAACUUUUAAAAACUCAUCUCCCCUUAAACUCUGCUUUCUUUCCCUUAUUUCCUUUGACAUUCGUUCACGUGCAAAAUUAUUUUGUGAUUUAUAAGUUCUGAUAGAAAAAUGGCUGCCCAAAUUAAUUUUAUUAAAUCUUCAAGGGGCAAAGAGAUGCUCAACUAUAGGGAUAAUCUUUUUUACUUUCAUUCUUCAUAUAAAGAUGUCCAGUACUGGGUGUGUAUGCGGAAAAAAACAUCCGCGUGUAAAAGUAAAGUUUCUUUAAGAAACGGCAUCAUAGUGAAAGAAACUGGCUUUCAUAAUCACUCUGCAGAUUCAAACAAAAUUGCAAAUUUGCAAUUUGUACAGGAAGUGAAAACAAGAUUAUUGCAAAAUCCAGAGGUGCCUGUUCCAAAGAUGUACAAAAGUAUAUUAGCAGAAACAGCUACGUCAGUAGCUGCUGCUGCAAAUAUUCCAGCAUAUGCAUCGAUCAAAACAAGAAAUACACUGUAGCCAAAUUUGCCAAAAACUGUUGACGACUUAUUACUGCAGGGCUCUUGGUGCAAUACCAAAAAUGGAGCACCAUUUCUGCUAAUUGAUGAUGGAGCUGGAUCGGAUAGAAUU